UCAUCAAAAACUUCUUCCAAUGUACUCGCUUUGAGAACAGCAUUGUCACACAUUGCUGUUUGUAAUUCUGUUUCAGAGGUUCCCGAAUACAUCGCGAAUUUAUUAAAGAUCACUCGAAAAUUGCAUGCCAGAGUGUUUCGAGCGCAAGAAAAUUUGAAGACCAUCAUGGAUCGACUGUAUUCUUGGGCAAUGAUGCCAGUUAUUUAUCGCAAAGAUGCCAGAGACGAAAAUUUACUAGCAAUCGCAGAUAAAGACGACAGGUUUAAAGAGAGGUACGAGGAGAUCGAAGCGACCGCCAUAGAGCUCGAUCGAGUCUUGAAAGAAAAUUAUAAAUUAUUUUUCGAUUUGCUUCCGGAAGAUGCUUACGACGACGAGUCGGAGCUUACCGAUGGUAAUAAUUGUUAGGAAAAAUAUUUUGGCAGGAGUUGUCAAAAGGUGA